CAAUUUUAAAGAUUUUUACGUAGUGUUUAAAUUCUCUUUUGAUUAAUAUGAAUAAAAGGUCAUAAGAUCCCAAAAAAAAAUACAUAAUAAAAUACCAUAAAUUUUAGUUAAUUCCAUUAAUAUUCCACUUAAUUAAGCGAAAAAUUAUAACCUGAACUUUGAGUCUGUAGACUCAAAUAAUAAAUAUGGAACAACAAUUAAUGUUACUAAGUUGACAGUAAAAUGAAGAAUUAAUUAUUGCUUUUAUCUAGCAAAUAAUCACUAACAAAACAACAAUGCCUGAACACUUGGAACUGCAAAAUCUAGUAGAACUGUCCGCUGGUAGCGGUGAUGAAACCCACCCUAAUCUACUCGAAAACAAGCGGCCUUUGUUAAAACGAUGUCCAUACCUUGGCCUACUUCUAGCAACAUUAUCAUCAUUAUUUUUCUCUUUAUGCUCUGUGAUAGUAAAGAGUCUUGUUAACAUUGAUCCAAUGCAGCUUGCUAUGUUUCGAUUUAUUGGCGUUUUACUGCCAACUGUACCUAUUGUAAUAUACACAGAACAACCACUUUUUCCAGAAGGUAAGAGAAUAUUACUUAUAUUGCGGUCAAUUGUUGGAACUGUUGGUUUAAUGUUAAGUUUUUAUGCAUUUAGGAAUAUGCCUCUGGCUGAUGCAUCUGUUAUAGUAUUCUCUGUACCUGUGUUUGUUGCAUUGUUUGCUAGAGUAUUUUUAAAAGAACCAUGUGGUAUAUGGAACACAAUAUCAAUAUUGCUUACCCUAUUGGGUGUUAUAUUAAUCACUCACCCACCUUUUCUUUUUAAAAAUGACCAUGUUGAAUCAAAUAACAAUAAUACAUUGUGGGGAGCAAUUGCUGCCUUUAUUUCUACAAUAUUUGGAGCCAAUGCCUAUGUUCUCUUAAGAGUCCUGAAAGGAUUACAUUUUUCUGUAAUUAUGACUAAUUUUGGUGCUAUUGCUAUAAUACAGACUUUGUUUUAUUCUUUUGUGUUUGGUGUCCUGUGUAUGCCAAAUUGUGGUACAGAAAGAUUUCUUGUUGUCUGCUUAGCCUUAUUUAGUUAUUUAGGUCAAAUACUACUAACAAUGUCUUUACAAAUGGAACAGGCGGGCCCUGUUGCAAUAGCCCGCUCAGCUGACAUUGUAUUUGCCUUUCUUUGGCAAGUUAUGUUCUUUGAAGAAAUACCAAGCAAAUAUUCGAUUGGAGGUGCUGUGCUAGUCCUUAGUUCUUUAAUGUUGGUUGGAGUGAGAAAGUGGGCCUUAGCCCUUCCUGUAGAUUCACAAUUAAGAAAAAAGUUAGGUGUUCUAGCACAAUAACAUACUAAUUUGUAAUUGCUGUUGUUUAGUUUUAUAAUUUAUCUUUUUUUUUGUGUAGAGAUUAAGUAUUCUUUCAUGUGGAGACUGUUUAUUGACUUUUCAUACUUAUAAAUUAGUAAUUAUCAUGAAUUAAAUUUAUUUAUUCAAUAUAUUAAUAUAUAAUAUGUUGCUUGAUCCUUUACAUACAAUUUCACUAUACUUAUUGUAAUGAUAAAUUUAAGUUAAGGUUCCAGUAUCUAGUCACUUAUUGUGAAUAUAUUAUGAAAUAAAUGGUCAUGACUUCGGUAAAUAGAACAGUUACUUAAAAUAUAAUCUUAAAUAUUUCUAAACAACUGCCACCAGACAUUCCACUUAUAAUGCUGCAAAAUAAUUGUUCCACAAACCCAUUUCCUGAGAAGUGAGAUGUGUACAUUUUAUUUAUCAUCAUCAUCAUCAUCUGCCGAAAGACGUCCACUGCUGUACAAAGGCCUCCCCCAAAGAUCUCCACAAUAAUCAAUUCUGCGCUGCGCUCAUCCAAAAGAAUGCUCGCAUCCAAGAGGACUUUUCUGCCCCACCAGCCUUCUGUCCGUCGAACUAUGCACCUUGCCCACUGCCACUUCAGUUUCCCAAGCAUUUGAGCUAAUUUGCAGGGAAACUCCAUAAAACUCCUAAUAAUAAAAAUAAAACUUGAUAUAUAAAUAAUUUAUAUGUAAAUUAUUAAAACUUGAUAUGUAAAUUAUUCCAUUGACAAACAGUUGCCCACAAGAUAUGAAUUUUUUUGCACUACAUUCAACUAACAAACUUGUGUCAAGUGUUAUUUAUAGAUUAACUAAAUGCAAUUAUGCAUUCUUCAAGGAAUCCAUAUUGGAUACUUAUUUAUUGUGGAGUGGUUAUAAAAGUAGUGUACUACUUCACACUAAUAUAACAUAUCUCAAGAAAGUAAGACAAGUAACGGGCUACCACACUCCACUCCAAUAUAACACUCAUAACAUAAGACAGACCUUUAAUCCUUAAGUUUCACAGUUUGCAAAACAUUAUAACUGGCGAUACUUGUGGUGGCAGGAUAGUCCUGUAACCAGGAAUGCUUCAUGUUUUUAAAAUUAAGGUUAUUAUAUUUUUCAUAAUGGCUAAUAAAAUGCUCGCAAAAUACAUUUAUUUAUUUAUUGUGUUUGUGGGUUGAUCAACUGUACUCCUUAACUCUUGUUUUUACAUAUUCAUUUACAUGUACUUUUUUGACUUACCUGUAUACAAGUAAGGUGUUGAGUAUUUGUGUUACAUCACUUUACAUAUAUUAUAACUGAAAUGAUUUGUAAAAAGAUGAACCUGUUAAUGUUGAUUUAAAAGAGUGGCAAUAAGUUUCUUGCCACUCCUCAUUAAAGCUCAACCCUUUCCAAAGUGGCGGUAAAUAUCAAAAGAAAGGAAAACUUUGACAUUCAUAAGUGCCAUUUCCUUGAGCUACAUAAAUCAAGUGGUUUUCAUUACAUUAUCGUUAUAUUGUGUUGAUUCUAAUGUAUGUUAUGUCCCAGUGAUUUUUCUUGUUUUAUUAUUUCAAAUAUUUAUGUUAUAAAUUAAAUAAUAUGAUGUGCCUUUUAAUAUUUCAUAAAAGGUCAUUAAUUUUAUAAAUACUGGACUUCACUGACACCACAUAAUAGCUAUGUAAAAUUACGACACUGUGUAUAAUAUAUUAUGAUUAUUGCAUAAAAAUUGCUAAGAAUUAAGUUGAUUUGAGCCAUGACGUUGUAGUUAUAUAUAGUGGAUAAUAAAACAGUAUAUUAUAUGUAGGAAUGUUUGUAUUUUAAAAGUAAUAGUUCAAGACCAAUCGAAGCUUAUACAUUAAUAACAAAUGAUUUGUAAUGUUAUGAAAAAUAUUUAUUUAGAAGUAGUUAAGCAAUUAUUAUUACUAUUUCCAGCUAACCUAUCUAGUCAAUAUAUUCUAGUCAAUAGGUAUUACUUAAAAAGUUUUUGUAGCUUUUAGCAAUGUGUUACUUUUUUACAAAAGUCAAUAUUAUAAAUGAUUUAAAUUACCUAUGCUAUGGAUGAAUUUGCAUUAAUAACUAAUAUACUAUUUUAUUUAUUUUAGAGUUAAAAAUUAUUUAAUGUUAUAACUUUAGACAUAGAUUAAAAAAUUGUAUUUAUUAUUUUGCGACAUAUCUAGAAAUGGUUGUGCUACAAAAAUAAUUAAGUAUUAUGGUGGUUAUUUUGAGAUUAUUUUAAUAGAUAAUAUAUAUUAUUGACUUUGAUGUUUGAACCGGUAAUAACUCUUACAUUUAAAUCUGGUUUUUAAAUUGCCAUACUUUACACACCUUGUAGCAUAAGGUCCAUAAUCUAGAUAUUGUUUUGUUUGUAUCUUGUUCAUUUGUCACUAUAGUUGAAUAUAAGAGUCAUGUAAUAAUGAAAAUAUGACUUCUACUUUGGAGGCUUAUCAUUCUAUGGGCAGUAGUUCAGGACUGAAUGAAUAAAUGUGAAAGUUUCGAAAUCAAA